AGUGAAGAUUCAUUUAUAACCUAGAAAAAUCAAAGAAGUACAUUGUACUACACAAAAACUAUUGCAAUAAUAUUAUUUAAAAAUAUUGAAUUGGUGUUAACAGUUCCUUUCAAACAUGACCAUCGUAGAAUAUGUGACUUCGCUAGCCCAAAACCCUUAUUUCGGGGCGGGUUUUGGAUUGUUCGGCGUUGGAGCGAGUGCUGCAAUUUUACGGAAAGGAUUUCAAACCUCUAUGAUAUUAUUUCGACGGCACUGCAUGAUCACACUUGAAGUGCCAUGCAGAGACAAGUCUUACCAAUGGUUACUACAGUGGAUAACUCAGAAAGGCGCCAAACAGACGCAACAUUUAAGUGUAGAAACAUCUUUCCUCCAGAAGGACACCGGACAAAUCAAAACUAAAUACGACUUUAUUCCUAGUGUAGGUCAGCAUUUUUUCAGAUAUCGUGGAGCCUGGAUCAAAGUAGACCGCACCAGGGAACAACAUACUCUGGAUUUACAUAUGGGUGUUCCAUGGGAAACUGUCACCUUGACAUCCUUUGGCAGCAAUAAGCAGCUAUAUUAUGACAUUCUUGAGGAAGCUCGGACAAUGGCGCUGAAGCAGCAUGAAGGCAUGACCAUCAUGUACACAGCGAUGGGGGCAGAGUGGCGACCAUUCGGGCACCCGCGGCGCAGGCGCCCUUUGCACAGUGUAGUCUUACGCGCGGGCUUGACAGACAGAAUCCUGGAGGACUGUCUGGACUUCAUCAACCAUCCACAAUGGUAUACGGAAAGAGGGAUACCUUACAGAAGAGGUUAUCUGCUGUAUGGUCCACCUGGUUGUGGAAAGUCAUCAUUCAUUAUGGCCUUAGCUGGAGAAUUGGAGUAUAACAUCUGUGUACUUAAUUUAUCUGAAAGGGGACUUACCGAUGACAGACUAAACCAUCUACUGAGCGUUGCCCCACAACAGUCGAUAAUCCUACUGGAAGACAUCGACGCGGCAUUCGUGUCGCGCGAGGAGACGCCCUCGCAGAAGGCGGCGUACGACGGUCUCAACCGCGUCACCUUCAGCGGACUGCUCAACUGCCUGGAUGGCGUUGCUUCCACGGAGGCGAGGAUAGUCUUCAUGACCACUAAUUACUUGGAAAGGUUGGACCCUGCGCUAAUUAGGCCCGGCAGAGUCGACAUGAAAGAGUACGUGGGCUACUGCGACCAGCAACAAGUUGAACUCAUGUUCUUGAGGUUUUACAAAGGGGAUGGAGCUGAAGAGCAUGCGAGGAUCUUUGCCGAGAAUGUGAUGAGAAAUAACAAGAAAGUCAGCCCCGCACAGAUCCAAGGCUACUUUAUGUUUCACAAGCAUUCGCCUCCAACCGAAGUGGUCAAAGAUUUCGAGUCGAUUUGGACCCUUGGCUAAAAUGUACCUACCAACUUGAUAAGCUCCAGAAGAUCGCUUUGGCCGCUGUCAAUCCACUGAUCUUAUUGGAAUCGACAGAUUCAAGACGGGACAGGAG